UGUCUAGGUCAGUGUCUGAAUCCCAGCAAUGGUGAUAGUAGGAUAUUUAUACAGUUAACUGUCAGAGUGGGAGGGGACGAGGAGUGUGGCAGGGAGGGAAAUAGCCAGCUGGGUGUGGAGUGUGUAUGUAAAGAUCCACUUGUGUGUUCUUUUUGGUGGUAACGAGCUGAGCUGAGCUGAAAGAGACAAACAAUGUGAAAAUCACACAGAAUCAGUGGAAAAAUACACAAUCUGAUGUUUGUUUUUUCCUGUAGCGAAUCAUUUCAUUGUGUCUCGGCAUGUUGUUUUGACUGGACAGCAUCUCUUUAUGUGUCUACUGGUCAGCUGCAGCGCUGUUUACUAACUGAUGGUUUUUACUAAUAAACCAUUAUGUGAAUAACCACAAACUCAAUUUAUGGUCCUGGUAUGGGGGGAAAUUUGGGCUUUGGGGAGAAUAGGAGUCUGGGAAUCUGAAGCCACCACUUGCCAACAAGACUCAAAGGAAACUGGUCCUUCAGAGGACCUGAGGGUACACUGGUACUCAUCUCUCCUCUGCACAGCUGGAUGUCUGGCACGAGAGGAUAGGCAGGCAGUCUGGCUCAGAAUGAAGAUGCAAUGUGGCUACUCUCUCAUUCUUCUUACCAAACCCACAGAAACCCUGCAUGCUGACAUCAGGGAUGUUUACUAUAUUGUUCACUAUGUCUACUCUCUGCUAUUUGCUAUUUUUUGAGUGUUGAGUAAAUAUAUCCACUAUUUGUUUUACCACUAAACACAAAUGUCAACCUAAUGGUGGGGCUACAGACAAGUCAGUAUUGUCUGUAUACAAUUGCAUAGCAACUCAUUCAACAGAUUCUGUGAUAUUUCAGUCGCGACCCAAGUGGUGGACCAACCGAUGAACAGAUGGACCGACAUUGCCAAAACCCUAGAGCCCAGCUGCUUGCAAAGCUUAAAACGUGGCUUAAAAGGAUAAGCAUAAAGCUAUGGAUUUUUCUUUGACUGGUUACAUUAUAGUGGAAACUAAAACUUUUCAUAAUGAAAACGGUCACCUCAGGCUUUUUCUUUUCUCUAUUUACAGGAGGCAUGUGGCCAACCGGUGUCCCGACUGUCUCCAUGUGAUACGUCUGGGACCUGGUCUGGUUCUGUGUUAACAAGAAAGGGCAAAAGCACAAAACGUCCCUGCUGGAAUCCAACUCAAGAGUAUCCAUUGGAUCUGAAGGAGCGCAUCCACCUCUUCUGUUGCAGCGAUGCGCAGCCGUGCCGCAUGACUCACAACGACAGAAAUGGCACGGAUGUAAACAGGAGGCGGGCUCAGGUAAGCCUAACCUGCACCUGUCCAGCCAAUGGGGUGCCGCGUUUCUCUGCCUCGUCUCCAAUCCCUCGGUUUUCAUUGGUCCUCCGCCGCGUCGAUAUGGUGUAAAGAGCGAGGCACAGCUUCGCAAUUACACCGCGGAGCAAAGGAGAGGGGGGAAAAAAAAUGAUUAAUCUGUCAAAGGCGAAUUUGUGUUCGGGAUGAGACCACUCUGACAUUCAGCCGACCGGAACCAAGCCUACAGGCGAACACAAUUAAUGCACAGGAAUUUGAUAUCAAGCUGAUGCACGGCCAUAGCAGGUGGUGCUUGUAUAAUCGUCCAGGCUCUCGUCACUUGUCGUCGCUGCCUGCUCUGCGCGUCGUUUCAGCACUGGACAGCGACCGGGACCACCGGACACCAACAACACUGAGGGAUUCCUGAGGCGGGUCCGUACGACCCUCGCUUGGCUCGGGGCAAUGCGCGGCUAGAUGACUUCACUAGCCUACAUCAACAAGCACCGCGGUAUCCCGGACUAAUAUAGCAGCGCCACAUCCCCCUCCUCUCGCUCUUUCUCUCGCUCCAUUUUCAUUCGCUGAUCCGAGUCCACCCGUCUAAAGGCACCAUGGGAAACCGUGGCAUGGAGGAUCUAAUCCCGCUGGUCAACAAGCUGCAGGAUGCCUUCAGCUCCAUCGGACAGGCCUGCAACCUGGACCUGCCGCAGAUCGCAGUGGUCGGCGGCCAGAGUGCAGGGAAGAGCUCGGUGCUGGAGAACUUUGUAGGCAGGGACUUUCUGCCCCGUGGAUCUGGUAUUGUCACCCGCAGGCCCCUGGUUCUGCAGCUUAUCAGUGCUACUGCAGAAUGGGCUGAAUUCCUGCAUUGCAAAGGGAAGAAGUUCACAGACUUCGAUGAGGUUCGCCAAGAGAUCGAGGGAGAGACGGACCGUGUCACAGGGGCCAACAAAGGCAUAUCUCCCGUCCCCAUCAACCUGCGUGUUUACUCCCCUCACGUGCUGAACCUGACUCUCAUCGACCUGCCGGGAAUCACGAAGGUGCCGGUUGGAGACCAGCCCGCAGACAUCGAGCAGCAGAUCCGGGACAUGAUCAUGCAGUUCAUAACCAGAGAGAGCUGCUUGAUCCUGGCUGUCACUCCGGCCAACUGUGACCUGGCCAACUCUGAUGCUCUUAAACUGGCCAAGGAUGUCGAUCCACAGGGUCUGAGGACGAUUGGAGUAAUCACCAAACUGGAUUUGAUGGACGAGGGCACAGAUGCCCGAGAAAUACUGGAGAACAAGUUGCUGCCGCUGCGAAGAGGAUAUAUUGGAGUGGUGAAUCGCAGUCAAAAGGACAUCGAUGGGAAGAAAGAUAUCAAGGCAGCGAUGGAGGCUGAGAGGAAGUUCUUCUUGAGCCACUCAUCAUACAGGCACAUGGCUGAGAAAAUGGGCACCCCACGACUGCAGAGAGUGCUCAACGAGCAAUUGACCAACCACAUCCGGGACACCCUGCCAGCUUUCCGAAGCAAGCUGCAGUCCCAGCUGUUGGCUCUGGACAAGGAGGCCGAGGAAUACCGGGGAUACCGACCCGAUGACCCAUCCCGCAAAACCAAGCAGCUGUUGCAGAUGGUGCAGCAGUUCUCUGUGGACUUUGAGAAAAGGAUUGAGGGCUCAGGGGAUCAGGUGGACACAGUGGAGCUGUCUGGUGGAGCAAAAAUCAACCGCAUCUUCCAUGAGCGUUUCCCCUUUGAGCUGGUCAAGAUGGAGUGUGAUGAGAAGGAGAUGCGGCGCGAGAUCAGUUAUGCCAUCAAAAACAUCCACGGUAUCAGGACUGGACUUUUCACCCCAGAUAUGGCGUUUGAGGCAAUUGUGAAGAAGCAGGUCGUAAAGCUGAAGGGACCCUGCGUGAAGUGUGUGGACAUGGUCAUCCAGGAACUGAUAAACACUGUGCGCCAGUGCUCCAACAAGCUGGAGUCCUUCCCCAUGCUGCGCGAGGAAACUGAGAGAAUUGUGACUUGUCAUAUCCGAGACAGGGAGAGUCGGGCCAAGGACCAGGUUCUGCUGUUGAUAGACAUCCAGCUCUCAUACAUCAACACUAACCACGAAGACUUCAUUGGCUUUGCUAAUGCGCAGCAGCGGAGCAGUCAGGCUAAUAAGAAAUCUCAGCUGCCCUCUUAUGGGUGUCUGUUGGUCAUUCGCAAAGGCUGGCUGACCAUCAACAACAUCAGCAUCAUGAAGGGAGGAGCCAAGGAGUACUGGUUUGUGCUGACUGCCGAGAGCUUCUCCUGGUUUAAGGAUGACGAGGAGAAAGAGAAGAAGUACAUGCUCCCUCUGGACAACCUAAAGGUCCGCGAUGUGGAGAAGAGUUUUAUGUCCAGCAAGCACAUAUUCUGUAUUUUCAAUACAGAAUCAAGGAAUGUGUACAAGGACAAUCGCACCCUGGAGUUGGCCUGUGACUCUCAGGAGGAUGUGGAAAGCUGGAAAUCUUCCCUCCUUCGUGCCGGGGUCUAUCCUGAGAAAGUCUUUGCGGUUGAGAGUGAGACCACCACCGCCACAGAGAACUUCUCCAUGGAUCCUCAGCUGGAGCGCAAAGUGGAAACCAUUCGUAACCUGGUGGACUCCUACAUGGCUAUUGUCAACAAGUGCAUCCGGGACCUCAUGCCCAAGGCCAUCAUGCAUCUGAUGAUCAACAAUGUCAAGGACUUUAUCAAUGCCGAGCUGUUGGCCCAGCUGUACUCUGCAGGUGACCAGAAUGCAUUGAUGGACGAGUCCCAGGAGCAGGCCCAGAGGAGGGAUGAGGUGCUGAGGACCCACCAGGCCCUUAAGGAGGCCCUGGUCAUCAUUGGUGAUAUCUCCACCUCCACCAUCACCGUCCCCAUGCCUCCGCCUGUUGACAGCUCCUGGGUGGAAGGUGCAGGUGGUCGCAGGUCUCCUCCAGCCAGCCCCACUUCCUCCAGGAGGAUGUCAUCAGGCCAGCGCCCGGCUCCCCGAGGGGCCCCUCCACCACCAAACCGUCCAGGACCCCUGGGGCCAUUCAAUAACAGUGCUGACAGCCCUCAGGCUCCCAGCCGCCCGAACAGGGCCCCUCCUAGCAUCCCCAGCCGGCGGCCCCCGCCAUCUCCCACAAGACAAGCCCCGCCAUAAACAUCUAAAUGGGUUCCUCAUACACUGAUCUCCCUCCCUCAUCUUCUCCAUCCCUCCUCUAUUAGCCAUGGCUCUGCCAUCCUGGUCCCUCCUUAGUGCAGACACUGAAGUCUUUGACCCUUGACCCUUAAUUCCCUGCCAGGUGACGAUGUCCAUAUAUCUAUGUACAGUAUGGUACUUGUAUUGUGGUGUAUGUGUAUGUACGCUUGUUGCUUGCCUGUGGUCCAGGUUUGCUUAGCAGAUCCACUACCCAGUAUCGGUCCCUGGAACCUCAACCCCCCCCCCCCCCCCCACCCCCCCCACCCCUCACAAACUCCUCAACAAAUCAGCCACUACCCCCACUUGCUGCUUCUACAUAAAAAUACGCUAAGCAGCCGCACUGCCCUACUCAUUCCAAAAUGCAGCAUGGCACAUAAGCUGCUUUUAUUGCAUGGGAGUGUGUGUACUGUAUGUAGAGUGUGUGUGAGUGUGUUUUGUGUGUAUGUAUACAGGGGAGGGACUAAUUUGCCUAUAUGUAGGCUGGGUUUGAUUUAGUAUUGUAUUAAUUUAUUGUAUAAUGCCCCCUUAAGUGUUAAUUAUCAGCUCAAUGUUCUCUUAGGAACAUAAGUUGUAUCGUAGUAUGUGUGCGUGUUUGUGUGAGAGUAACUCUGUGUGCGAGUGUGUGAGGACACGUGUGCAUGUGCUGUCCGUCUGCACGUUUGUUGGCGUUUCAGUUGUAUUUGUUUUCAUGGUCAAAGCUGUUAAUGAUGAAUCAUAAACCCUUGGGGUUAAAUUUAAUGUUGGACUUUUGUGAGUUGUUCCUGUGUUGUAGUAGCAGCCAUACACACAUAGCAAGGCUGAGGAGCACCGUCAGUAUUCUCUAUAUGGAAACAGCCUCAAUAAUACAUUUAACCUUGUCAUAGGUGUCCACCUGUGCUGUAUCAAUGGUCAAGUUGUGACCCUUGCAGCCUUAAGCUCAGGUUCAGAUGCUGACUUGUAAGAUGGAAAACAACAACUUAACACAAGUUCCCUCUUGAACUUACAAAGAACACACAUUUACAUGUUUCCAUUUAGCCUUUUUCUCAGGUUUGAAACUUGCAACUCCAUGCCCAUCACAAACUAGCACUCUCUUUUCUCAACUCUUCUAGUCUCUCGUAUUUUCUCUUCUCUCACGACCAUCGAAGCUAGUCAGUCAGCAUCUCCAUCAGAGCUUAAGGUGGUAUUGUCAAUGUUCAAGUGCUUCUCUGUCAGUUUGUUCUUGUGUAUGUGGGCCUAAACUGUGUUCUGAUGUAUAUAGGUAAUGAUAAGGAGAUACUGUACCUGUGGACUAUUAAGACCUCAUCAAGGAUCCUAGCGCUUUAAUCGUUCUCUGUGUCUCUAUUCACUAAAUGCUCUCUUCUCUCUAAUUUAGACUGCCUUACCGGCAUGAGUUACAAUUCUGUAUUGCCAAAGCUAAAUGUAGAAAGAGAAUUGGAAAGUUGAAAAAAUAAAAUAAAAUCUGCUGAAGAACAACAACGAAAUGGUUCCAGUUUGAGUGAGAUGGCAUUCUUUAGCAGAGGGGAUAAUGUUAAACUGGGAAAUUGCAUCCGUUGUUAUUUUUUAUGUCUCUGUUUCGCUCCUCAAUAAACUUCUUCCUCAUAAUGUC